AUGAAUGAUGGGUCAAGCUUCCUAUCAGAUCUUAAAAAAUGCAUAUAUCAAUAUGAUGAGGAAGAACAAUUUGAUAAUGCGUGGGAACAACUAAGGUUCGACUAUCGAGUUGAAAAUGGUUCAUGGUUGGAUCGUAUUUAUGGGCUUAAACAUAAGUGGGCCAGAUGUUAUAUGAAGAAUACAUUUAUAGGAGGUAUGCGGAGUACACAGCUAAGUGAAAGCAUAAAUGCAGACUUGAAGGAUUAUACAAAUUGUACUUUCGAUAUUAUACAAUUUUUUAAGCAUUUUGAGCGGGUAGUGAAUGAUAAACGUGCUAUUGAAUUGAAGGCUGAGUUUGAUUCAAGAAAUAAGCUGCCAAAGAAAGCGUAUAAGUACACGCCCAUAAUGGUACAGGCAUCAAAAGUAUACACUCCUUUGAUAUUCGGCUUAUUUCAUGAUGAAUAUGAAUCAUUUGGUAUGUGCUACAUAAAAGAAAAAGAUGAAAGUAAUACUGUCCAAAAGUAUGUUGUUGGUGUUCUUAAUUCAGCUGGGGUGGGAUAUAAAAUUGAGUGUAAUCCAUCUGAGUUUAUAUUUGAAUGUAGCUGCAAGAAAUUUGAGUCAUUUGGCAUCCUAUGUUGUCAUGUUAUGAAGAUUAUGGAAAGAUUAGAUAUCAAGGUUAUUCUUGAAGCAUACAUUUUGAAUAGAUGGACACGUGGGGCAAGAAAAAUGGUAGUGGAAGAUAUCAGUAGAAAAGAAGUUGAGGAAGAUGUUAAUUUGGAUUUUAUAUAG